CCGAGGGCUGAUCCCGGCCGGCCCCGGCCCUGAACCGGGCCCGACCCCAUUGCCUGGAGUUCCUGCGUCCGCCACGGCCCAGGUUAAAUGGAAGUCACCCUUGGGAGCUGGAUGCCUGUGUAGUAGAUCUACCACAUCAGGAGAUUGCGAUGAGUGGGGGAGGAGAGCAGCCAGAUAUCCUCAGUGUUGGUAUCUUGGUCAAAGAAAGAUGGAAAGUGUUGAGAAAAAUAGGGGGUGGGGGCUUUGGAGAAAUUUACGACGCCUUGGACUUGCUCACCAGGGAAAAUGUUGCAUUGAAGGUAGAAUCAGCUCAACAACCAAAACAAGUUCUGAAAAUGGAAGUCGCUGUGUUGAAGAAACUGCAAGGCAAAGACCAUGUUUGCAGAUUCAUUGGCUGUGGGAGGAAUGAUCGAUUCAAUUAUGUGGUCAUGCAAUUGCAGGGUCGGAAUCUGGCUGAUCUUCGUCGUAGCCAGUCCCGGGGAACAUUCACCAUUAGCACAACCCUGCGGCUGGGUAAACAGAUUCUGGAGUCCAUCGAGAGCAUUCAUUCUGUGGGCUUCUUACAUCGAGACAUCAAGCCGUCAAACUUUGCCAUGGGCCGUUUUCCUAGUACUUGUAGAAAGUGUUAUAUGCUGGAUUUUGGCUUGGCUCGACAAUUUACCAAUUCCUGUGGUGAUGUCCGACCACCUCGAGCUGUGGCAGGAUUUCGAGGAACAGUCCGGUAUGCAUCAAUCAAUGCUCAUCGAAACAGAGAAAUGGGAAGACAUGAUGAUCUUUGGUCUUUGUUCUACAUGUUGGUAGAGUUCGUAGUUGGACAACUGCCUUGGAGAAAAAUAAAGGACAAGGAGCAAGUGGGUUCUAUUAAGGAGAGAUAUGACCACAGACUUAUGUUGAAACAUCUCCCUACAGAAUUCAGCGUCUUUCUGGACCACAUCUCCUCUUUAGAUUAUUUUACUAAACCUGAUUACCAGCUUCUUACAAACGUGUUUGACAACAGCAUCAAGACUUUUGGAGUAAUUGAGAGUGACCCUUUUGACUGGGAGAAGAGUGGAACUGAUGGCUCCCUAACAACAACCACAACUUCCACAACCCCUCAGUUACACACUCGCCUAACACCUGCUGCAAUCGGAAUUGCAAAUGCCACCCCUAUUCCCGGAGACUUACUUCGAGAAAAUACAGAUGAGGUAUUUCCAGAUGAACAACUCAGUGAUGGGGAGAAUGGUAUCCCUGUUGGCGUAUCACCAGAUAAACUUCCUGGAUCUGUGGGACACCCUCGUCCUCAGGAGAAGGAUGUCUGGGAGGAAAUGGAUGUCAACAGGAACAAGAUAAAGCUGGGGAUCUGUAAGGCUGCUACAGAAGAGGAAAAUAGUCAUGGUCCAGCAAAUGGUAUACUGAAUGCACCAAGCCUUGGUUCACCAAUUCGUGUUCGUUCAGAGAUAACCCAGCCAGAGAGAGAUGUACCAUUAGUACGAAAGUUAAGAUCCAUCCACAGUUUUGAGUUGGAAAGGCGUCUGACCUUGGAGUCAAAGCCAGACACUGACAAGUUUCUAGAAACCUGCUUAGAGAAAAUGCAAAAAGACUCCAAUGUGGAAAAGGAAUCAGUUCUCCCUGCUUCUCUUCUUCAUAAGCCUUCUGCUCCUCCUGUGAUCCGUACUGACCACAUCUGGCACUAUGAUGAAGAAUACCUCCCAGACGCUUCUAAACCUGUUUCUGCCAACUCUCCGGAACAGGCAGAUGGUGGUGGCAGCAAUGGAUUUAUAGCUGUCAACCUAAGCUCCUGCCAGCAGGAGGUUGAUUCCAAGGACUGGGUGAUUGUGGAUAAGGAAAGAGACCUUCAUGAUUUCAGGACGAAUGGGGCUUUAGGGCAUAAAACUGGAAGCCCUUCAGAUGAGGAACCUGAGGUGCUGCAAAUCCUAGAGGAAUCUCCUCAAGAACAGCAGAGAUUAGGUCCUUGGGUAGAAGAUGGUCAUCCAAAAAAUGGAGCUCCCGAUGUGGUCUUGGCACUGUCUGUGGCAUGUCCUGCCACUGAAGCAUCAGAGCAGUACGCAGAUAGACUAGAACUCCAGGCUGGAGCUGCGGGCCAGUUUCUUGCUGCCACACCCACAAGCCCCAUGGAGGCUCAAGCAGAAGGACCUCUCACACCAGUCACAAUUCCCAGACCCUCUGUGGCAUCCACACAGUCCACUUCAGGAAGCUUUCAUUAUGGCCAACCCUUGGAGAAGAAGGAUCCUCAGCCUCUGGAACACACUGUUGAACUUUAUUCUCCAAGGGAAAAUGUGUCUGGAGUGGCAGGGACAGAGGGUGAACUUCCUAGUGGUGCCAGCAGAACAGACUGGGUGCUUCCCUUGGAUCAUCUAGGUCAGGAUACUGCUCCAAGGGAAGGCCUCACUAGGGAAUGUGUCAAAUCCCAGGACUUGGUUCAAAAUGAGCCACCUGACCGUAGCAGUGUCAAAGUGGCCACAAAAGAAUUCGAGACUCCCCCUGUGGGAGCUGAAGAAAAGAGCACUGUGUUGGGUUCAGACAAUGAGGAGGAGAAAUUAGGCAAGGGGCAGUGUUUCAUUGAGAUUUCUGAUUUUCCAGGAGAUUUAGAAAGGGAGCAUUCACCUACUAAAGAACCUCUUGAAGAAUUCAAGACACGGACUUUCUGCUUGGUGCCAAAUCAGGACACAAAUCAUGAGAUAAUGAAGCUUCUGGCAGGUGCAACUUCAGAAAUUUCUCCAGCACAAGUCAUCCACCCACAUGGUGAGGGACAGAUAAGUCAGGUGGUGGUACAAAAAAGCAUAUUACAGAAAGAGGAAGAUGUCAGUAAGGGGGAAGGCGUGCCCAGUCACCAAGGGGAUCUCUCUGUUUUUUUACAUCAAGAGGGUAAGAAAGAGAAAAGUUCCCCUCGAAAUGGAGAGUUGUUCCAUUGCCUUUCAGAGAAAGAACAUUCUCCAUCCAGGAAGGAUAUCAUUAGAUCAUCCUUUAUAACUAGACACAGUCGCAUCCCUGUUCUAGCACAAGAGAUAGACUCAACUUUUGAGUCCUCUUCUCCAGUUUCAGCAAAAGAAAAACUCCUUCAAAAGAAGGCUUAUCAGCCAGAUCUAGUCAAGCUGCUGGUGGAGAAAAGACAACUCAAGUCUUUUCUUGGAGACCUCUCAAGUGCCUCUGACAAAUCUUUGGAGGAGAAGUUAGCUGCUGUUCCUGUUCCCUUUCCUGAGGACGAAGUCUUCACUCCCUUUUCGAGACUGGCAAUAGACCCUCAUUUGAGCAGGUCGGCCGAGGACAGCUUUCUGGCCCCUCUCAGCUCCCAGGCUAGAAAGAGCAAAAUUCCACGGCCAGUUACCUGGGCUAACACAGAACAAGUCAGUAACUCAGCCUCAGCUCAGUUCUUUCCACGGCCACCACCAGGAAAGCCUCCAACUAGGCCUGGAGUUGAAGCCAGGUUACGUAGGUAUAAAGUCCUAGGGAGCAGCAACUCCGACUCAGACCUUUUCUCCCGGCUGGCUCAAAUUCUUCAAAAUGGAUCUCAGAAAUCUCGGAGCUCUACUCAGUGCAAGAGUCCUGCCUCCCCUCACAGUCCAAAAACACCACCCAAGAGCCCAGUUGUCCCUCGGAGAAGUCCCAGCGCCUCCCCACGAAGUUCUUCUUUGCCUCGCACUUCAAGUUCUUCACCAUCCAGGGCUGGUCGGCCUCACCAUGACCAGAGGAGUUCAUCCCCACAUCUGGGGAGAAGUAAAUCGCCUCCCAGCCACUCAGGAUCUUCAUCUUCAAGGAGGUCCUGCCAACAGGAGCAUUGCUGUCUUAAACCCAGCAAGAAUGGCAUGAAAGGAUCUGGCAGCCUCUACCACCAUUCUGCCAGUCCCAAAACUCCCCCAGGGAAGAGUAAGUCAGCCAGUAAACUCAGCAGAUAGGAGCCAAGCUGUGUCCCUAUGACAGCUAUGGAAGACCUUAGCAAGAGCCCUCCCAUUGUAUACUUCUCCCCCUAAAAGGAAGGGACCAGCCAAAAUGAAAUGACCUCAGACUUGGAAUUGGCCGUCUUGUGUUCCCUGUCCCCUGGCACGCUGGGUGUUGUGGAAACCUUAUCAGGGUCAGAUAAAUGGGUCUGCUUGCUGUUGAUAUUUGCCUUCCAGCAAACAUCUGUGCUUUUUCCUUUAACCUUGUGUUUGUUGCCAAACCUCAUUCCCUUGGAUUGAAGAAGGAAUAUUUCUUCUCUGAGUAAAUAUGUUAUGAUGCUGCAUCAUUGUAGCCCUGAAGCUGCACUGAACUUUUCUCUUGGUCUGUGUUGGACUUAAAAAGAAAAAAAAAAAAAAAACACUCUCCACAUGUGUACUGUCUCCCAUGAGUAAUGUAGCAUAGUAGGGAACCUUAACUUGUUUGGGGUUUCAAGCACUGCAGAGAAAUGCAAGAGGUAGGGAAUACCUGCUGUUGUUCCUGAAGCAACUGUAAUGUUAGCAAGGCCGAUCUCUCUGUAUUAUAUUGUAAAAUAGUUGCUAUAACAACACUUGCAUGUCUUCAUGGUAAAUUAUAUUAUAUAAAUAUUUAUAAAUAUAUAUAUAUAUAGACAUAUGCAUAUAAACUCAUUCCCUCUCAAUCUCUCUUUGUAAUUUAUAGACCUCAGAUGGUGAAAUCCCCUUUCUAUUGCGUGCCUCAAAUACACUUAGGCCUUGCGUCUUCAUUUUCUGAAAAUAUUUUCUUGGCAUGUGACACCUGAGACAGCUUCUUCCUGCCUUCCCUGUUGUAAGGUUUAAGGGUUGGCAGUUCUCAAGUGAAGCCAGGUUUUAGGAGUGUAGUUUAAAUUUUCAUUUCAAGAGAGCUUUUUAAAAAAUAGGAAAAAAUACUUGAAAGUGCUUGUAUUACUGGUUCAAAGAUUUGUCACAUUAAUCUCAUAGUACGGUCACCAUGGUUAGAGCGGAUAAUCUGGGAUGAUGAUCAUGGUUUAAGUCCAGUGACAAAAAGAAAGCCAUGCUAGGUUAGCAUGAAUUGAUAAGAGAAUCCCUACCUGUUAUCAUUCCAUUUUGCUUUCUUCACUUUUCUUGGAUACUUUGUUAUUUUUUUCUUGUGGGUACUUUAUAAGGCUUCUGAUAUCAGAGCUCUAUAAUUAUUUUGUUAUAUUGGCUAAACUGUGCUAAAAGUAGCCUGCUUUAACUCUUGUUCUCUCUAGUCGGAACUGUGCUAGUUAUAACUGUUUUGAAGAGCUGUUAUUGCGGAUGUGGCUACUACCGUAGUGUACGUGUUAUCUCACUUUCCUGCUGGCCAAUCUUUGCCGAGUUUGCCCCAAAUCAACAUUGAAAUCAGAGUGGCAUUUAAAUGUGUUUCCCCCCUGCCCCGCCUUUGGUUCUCCCCAUCAUAACCCCUGA